ACUUUAAAUCCAAGUUAAACUGUAGCCAAUUAUUAAAAAUUAUGUAUAUAUAAAUAUUUUUUUACAAAAACAAACAUUAUACAGACACAAAAUGAUUUUGUCCUUUAGAGUUUUUAAUUAAAGGAAUGUUUCCUAGUUCCCACAAGCGGACGCGUGUGAACCUCUUGCGAUUGUGAAUGUGUUUCAACAACACACUUGUACAAUUCAUUGAGUAUAUUGUGUAACACCUCGAAUGACUUAGUCGUCUCUCAUAACCUUGGUUUGUGUAAAAUGGACCUCUGUUUUGGUUAGAAAACUAAUGGGCUUAGCAAGGCUUUGGACUGAUUUUGAAAGCCUCGUACAUAUAGAAGACAAAAUGAGGAAAAGGAGCUUGGCCGGUAAUUGUGGGAUUAUUGUGUUUCUGAUUGCCCUUGUGACUGUGGCAUUGGCAUUCGGUACGCCUAGCUGGCUUGUUAGCGACUAUAGGAUACGAGGAGCUAAAUUGGACAGAUUGGGCUUAUGGAGUCAUUGUUUCCGAUCUCUAGCGGAUCCAUUGGACCAGUAUCAAAGACGGUUCUUCGUCGGAUGCCGCUGGGUGUACGACCCUUUCACUACCGGAUACGAUAAAAUACGCGGCUAUUUGUUACCAGGUUUCAUGAUAGCCACGCAGUUGUUCUUCACAUUAUGCCUCAUCGGUGUCAUGGUGUCUACGGUUCUUGUAAUCAUAUUUUUCCUCUGCUGCGGCCCGAAUCAGAAUAGAUUCGUUAUGAUCAUAAAAACUAUAGGUUAUAUCAUGUUAGCAGCAGGUCUAAGUGGAGGUUUGGCUGUUAUAAUAUUUGCAUGUUUCGGUAACACUGACGGCUGGAUGCCAGAUCAUGCGAACAAUUACUUCGGUUGGUCGUUCGCCCUGGGCGUGGUUGGUUCUGUGGCGUGUCUCGUCACCUCCGCUCUUUUCCUCACCGAAGCGAACAUUCAGAUGAAGAAACGCAAACGUCUCAAGGAGUCCCAGGCCCGAUUCGAACUGGAGACCGAGACUAAGGCUUAAUUUUAUAACGUGUGUUCGGUGCCUUAUUUUAAUUCCGUCCUUUUUUGUGUUCUAUAUUUAAGACUAUGUAUAAGAUUUUUUGACACCUCCAAUGUCUAUUGAAUACAGAUAAUGAAUGUUUUGUAUGAAAUAUAUUUUAUUGUAGUGUAACAAAUGUGUAAAAUCACAAAUCAUCGUCUUACUUCGUUUUAUACAACGCCCUUAUUAUCUUCUAGGUAAAUCUAUUUUCUUUUUAUAGAUUUUCAUUUUUUAUAACUUAACUUUAUGAUUAAAGUAAUCAUAUUUUAUAAUAUUCUACAUAAGAACUAUUUUAUGUUGAUAUGUCUAACUUUUUCCAAUUCAAUAAUUAUAGUCAUACUCUUUUUAAAUGAAAUGUAAAAUUAUUUUUUUUCUUCUCAAUUUAUGAUGUUUAUGGUCGAUUGUUACGUCAAUGAACCAUCGGAAUAGUUGUUUAUGUAAUUAAUCUUAAGUUACAAUACCGAACGUAAUAUUGUAUUAAAUAUCCGUCCAAAAUAUUACUGUUUAAGAUUUAUAUGACUAAUUGUAUAAUUUUAGGAUUGAUUUUUAUUACAUUUUAAAUAAUAUA